AUGCCCCUUGCAAUAUGACGUCAUUGGUGCCAAUUGAUAAACAGUAUGACGUCAUCAAGCUUUGUUAGAGCGGCUUCACGUGGUGUAUGUACAAGUGUGUGAUUCUAGCGUCUCAGGUGCGCAGCCUACUGAUUUGAACAUGGUAUACUGUUCGGUUCCUCGCUGUUCAAAUUACAACGCAAAGAAACAUUAUUCUAAAAUUAGUUAUUUUCGUUUCCCAAAAUCGCCACGGAGAAGACAACAAUGGAUAAAGUACUGUAAGAUUCACGAUGAUGGAUGGAAAGGUCCGUUGGGUGAAUAUCGCGUCUGUGAUGCUCACUUUGACACUUGCUGUCGUGUUUCGCGAGCAAUGCCUUCCAGUUGUUCGACUGAUCGGAAACAAUUACGCCCGGAUGCUGUACCAUCCUUAUUUGGAAACGGGAUCAAGGGACAGCACUCCCAUCAAGACCCUGACUGGAGUGUUUUCGUAAACAAACGUCGUAAAGUCGAAGCAUCUCGGUCGUUCACCUUCACGAGCGAUAAAAGUGAAUUUGAAUAUAACUACCCCUCGAUGCCCGUGGGCAGUCAGUGUGGAGAUGUACCGUCCGAGAAACAUAACUUGCACAUACAACCCCCUAAUUGGACAGCAGAUGCCGGAACUGACACCAACCAUCUCAUUUCGUGUCGAAGCAAGUCAUGCCAGACUCUGAUGCCCUCACUCAGCUCAACAGGUACUCAGAAGAGCCUGAAUACAUCCCGGUGCACGGUAGCUGUCCAGUGUACACCGCAAACAUGUGACCGUGCUACACAGUAUGAGGCACCAAGUGAGGCUGGCAGCAAGCAUGAUACACCUUACACAAGUGAUGAUGACAGUGACAGUGAUGAAGACUACCACCCUCUUUCAAGCAAAGUCAAGUUCGAAGAAUUUCAGUCCCAGCAAAAGUCCCUCAAUGAUCAUCUUGAAGAAACAAAGUUCCUGGUGUUCAAAUCCAAUUUGUUGUCUUUGUUCUUGUUUUGCAAGUUAUGCUUUUGUUCAUGCAGAGCCACUAUUUAUAAAGUCUGUGGUAGUCUUGUGACUGUUCAGAUACAGUGCCUUAGACACAAAGAGCAUCUGUAUUUCUGGAGUAGUCAGCCAGUCCACAAACAACUGCCACUUGGCAAUUUGGCCAUAGCUUGUGCUAUUUUCUUUAGUAGCCUUUCCCCAGUAAAGGCUCUGAGGAGCUAUUCAAUACUGAACAUGUACAGCAUAAGCAGAUCAACGUUUCAUAAGAUCCAGAGAAGCUAUAUUGUUCCAGCCAUUUCAAGGGUGUGGUCUAAACAUCAAAAUCAACUCCUGCUUGAAAGAAAGGAGAAAUCCAUACGCCUGGCAGGGGAUGCAAGGUGUUGCUCACCUGGACACACAGCCAAGUAUGGAAGCUACACCUUGAUUGAUGUGGACACAAACCAUGUUUUGGACAUCCAGUUGGUACAGUCGAAUGAGGUGGCCAAUUCUAAUGCCAUGGAACUUGAGGGAUUAAAAAGGGGCCUUGCAUUUCUUCAGGCAGCCAGGGUGGAUGUUUCAGACAUCAUUACAGACAGGCACACGCAAAUUAAAGCCUACUUAAGGAAGGAGGAAGCUGGCAUUCACCACUGGUUUGAUGUAUGGCAUGUAGCUAAAGGCAUUUACAAGAAACUUCAAAAAAUCAGCAAAAAGAAAGGCCUGGAAAUAAUCAGCUUGUGGGCACAUUCCAUUUCCAAUCACCUAUAUUGGUGUGCUGCAACCAGCAAGGGCAAUGCCGAGGAGGUGCAAGCUAAGUGGUUGUCGAUUGCUAACCACAUAGCUAACAUCCAUAGUGGUCAUGGUGCAAGCUUCCCUUCAUGUAUGCACGGGGAAAUUCAAGAUAGAAUUUGGGUAACUGCUGGCACACGAGCUCACAAGGAGAUUGAAAGUAUCCUCAAGUCUACAUAUCUCCUUAAAGAUGUGGCUAAACUGUCACCCCAUGGGCAGACAUCACAUCUGGAAGGAUUUCAUAGCGUGAUAUGCCACUUCGCUCCCAAAUUUUAUCACUAUCAUUACAACGGAAUGAAAGCAAGGUUGCUGAUGUCUGCACUCCAUUUCAACGAGAAUGGUAGUCGGCACAUUGCAAACACCAAGAAUGGACACGAGAAAUGGAGUGUUUCUUAUCCUAAGAGCAGAAACUGGGAAGCUGCUGCUAAACCCCUCAAGACAAAUCCAACAUACGAAUAUGUUGGCGAGCUGCUACAUGAAGUGUCAUACCUCCGAACAGAGUUUACGAGUUUUAACCUUGCCAACAACUCCCUCAGUGAGAACCAGCCACCCUGCAUAACUGACACUCAUGGAAAGAAACAACAAAAACAGAUUGUUGUCAGAAAUCAUAAAACCAGAUUUCAAUAA